AUGGAGCAUGUGGAACAUUUGGACAUGGAAUUCAGCAUCCUUUCACACCACCAACUCUAUGUUAAUAAGAAGAAAUGUGCUUUUGGGAAUAAGGAGAUUGCUUACAUGGGGCAUGUCAUUUCUCAAAAAGGGGUGGUUGCUGACCCCAAAAAGAUCCAAGCCAUGGUGGAAUGGCCCACGCUUACGACACUCAAACAUCUUAGGGGAUUUCUUGGCCUAACAGUGUACUACAGGAAAUUUGUUGCAAGCUAUGCAUGGAUUGCCCGAUCACUCACUGAUCAGCUUCAUGAAGACCAAUUUGGAUGGAAUUCAGUUGUUGAAGAUGCCUUCCAAGCUCUCAAAAUUGCCAUGAUUUCGGUCUCAAUCCUCACUUUGCCUCAAGCUUCGAAUGUAACAAGGCAUUCCAGUCUUCCAUUCUCUAAUCCUGGGCAAUCCCUAAUUUUCCCUAACAUACUAAACCAUUCCAUGUAG